UCCCGUGGAGCAAUGAGCAAGAAAUGCAGCAAAAGCUCGUCUCCUCUCCUCUUGUGACCGAGGCAAGGGAGCAGAGCACUGCAGAAAACCAAACCCAGGGCUUUGUCACGGGGAGGAGAGCCCACGCCGGACCCAAUCGCGACCAGCCGCCCCCAACGAUCCAAAACCUCUCUCUCUCUCUCUCUCUCUCUCUCUCUUCUUCUCCUUCCUCCACACUCCACCACCCACGCACUCUCACUCCCCUCGACCUGGACCCCUCCAAAUGCCGGCGCUGACCCUCCGCCGCUCCUCCCCCAUUCCAUUGUUGCUUUUAUUGCUGUCCUUCUCAUCCCCCCUCUUCUUCUCCCCAAGCCCCGCAGCAACCGCCGUCGGAGAUUGCCCUUUGGAUUUUAGUUGGGCAAACUUCACAUUAGCUUCGGCUGCCUGCUCUGAUCCAACCCAGCGGGCUGCUUGCUGCCGCUACAUCAAUGCAUUUGUUGCCAUUUCCAUUGCUCGGUAUGCCAAUGCUACCGGUCGACUGGGGGUCCCGCCUGCCUUUGCUGAGAUCUGUCUCAGCGCAGUGUCUGAAACCUUCAAGUUACGGGGAAUCCCCACCGAUGCUGAUGUGUUUUGUGGGUUAGGCCCAAAAAUAAGGGUUUCGUAUCAGUGCGCUGGGCGGGACACCGUGCUGGAAAUGAUGCAAUCCCCAAAUUUCAAUGAUGUUAUUGGGAGCUGCAGGGGCCCUCUAUCCCUGGACAUUACCUGCAAGACAUGCUUGAAUUACGGCAUCGUUUACCUCCAUCAUCUCGUUGGGUCAGAUGAUAAUGUUGCCAUGAGUGUGUGCCGCAACGCAAUUUUUGUAACGCUUGCGACUCAAGAGGGUAUUCUUUCCUAUGAAGAUAUUGUCACAUGCUUCUUUGGUGUUCAAGGAAUCACCACCUUUCCAGGACCAUCGUCUUUCACAUCUACUCCGGCAUCCUCUCCAAAUGUUACUAUUGAUUCUCAAGCUCCAAAGAUCAAAAGUGUUCCACAGAAACAUCGCCAGCAUUACCGGAUUACAGUUAUUCCAGGGAUAGGGAUAGGGGUUAUAUUGCUUGCCGUGCUUUUGCAACUUAUCUUGGUCGUACUGAUUCGUAGAAAGACCACGGAAUUAAAGAAUGCCGACUUUCCUACUCAGAAUCCAGAAAACACUUUUCAUCAGAGUCAAUCUUGGAGAUGCCCAGAAGGUCAAUCACCAAUGUUCCAAAGGUAUAGCUACAAAGAAACAACGAAAGCAACGGACAAUUUCAGCACAGUUAUUGGAAAGGGAGGUUUUGGAACAGUCUAUAAAGCUCAAUUUAGUGAUGGCUCUAUAGCUGCGGUUAAAAGGAUGGACAAGGUUUCAAGACAAGCCGAAGAAGAAUUCUGUCGGGAAAUGGAACUGUUGGCUAGGUUGCAUCAUCGCCAUCUUGUGACCCUUAAGGGCUUCUGUAUUGAAAGGAAAGAAAGGUUUCUUGUGUACGAAUACAUGGCUAACGGAAGCCUAAAGGAUCACCUGCACUCGUCUGGAAGGAAGGCAUUAAGUUGGCAGACUAGACUACAGAUUGCGAUGGAUGUGGCAAAUGCUCUGGAGUAUCUUCAUUUCUUUUGUAACCCUCCACUCUGCCAUAGAGACAUCAAGUCGAGCAACAUUCUUUUAGAUGAGCAUUUUGUUGCCAAGGUUGCUGAUUUUGGCCUUGCACAUGCAUCAAGAACUGGUGCUGUCAGCUUUGAAACUGUGAACACAGAUAUACGAGGAACCCCAGGGUACAUGGAUCCUGAAUAUGUGGUAACGCAGGAAUUGACAGAGAAGAGUGAUAUAUACAGCUACGGUGUGCUUCUGCUGGAGCUUGUCACCGGUCGGAGGGCAAUCCAAGACAACAAGAACUUGGUUGAGUGGGCACAGAUGCAGCUAUCAUCUGGAGUGAUCCCUCCUGAAAUAGUAGACCCUGCGAUCAUGGACAUGGUUGACAUGGAUCAGCUGCAUUUGGUGGUUGGUAUUGUCCAGUGGUGCACCCAGAGAGAAGGUCAGCAAAGGCCAUCCAUCAGACAGGUGCUAAGGAUGCUCUCGGAGAGGCUGGAUCCAGGGAAUGGCAGCUUUGGUGAGGGCAUGGAAGAUGCAGAAGGGGGGUUUUAUCGUCGGAGCAGCAAAUGUGGUGUCCACCGGAACGAAGUGAUCCCCCAUAGUGGUGACAUGAGGUCUCUUCACUCCUCAUCGAGCACAACAAGAUCUUACUGCAGCCGCAGCAUGUUGCUUGAAAGUGGCCAGACUCAGUCUCCUCCAGAAACUCUCUGAUGGCGCCUCCUUUCGGUUUCGAUAUAGGUGUGAAAUUUUGUCCUACUGGUAACCUCAAGGUUUUUGUCAGUUGAGAAUGUUCACGCUGAAGCGACUGGUAGUGUGCAAGUUAUAACAACAGGCGCUUGCUUGUUGAUCAAAAUUUCAGUUUUAUGAGGCAGCAAUUUUUGUCAGAGAAAGUAACUGCUGUAAUAUAUAAUUUCUUGUGUGUAGCAGAAAAAUACUGCAGUUUGUGUUCAGAAGAUGGAAGCAUAAACUUACUUUUGGUAGAUCCUGGAACCAGAAGCAUGCGCGUCUGGUGUUG